AUGUCGUCCAAAGCCAGAGACUUCGACAUCCCCCGCAAUGUGCUCGACAAGAUGUGUGAUCGUUUGGGCGGUUACUUGGACAGGAAGAAGUCGGAGAAGGAGCUUUCCCUGGAUGCCAGGGAAGCCGAUGUGGCCCGUCGGGAGGAGAAGGCGGCGGCCACGCAGAAGCAGCUAGAUGACUGGCACUACAACCUGAAGGCCAAGGAAGAGCGCCUCAAGGACAAGGAAGAUCGUCUCCAGGCCCGGGAAUCAUGGUGGCACCACGAUUACAAAAGACAAAAGGGUCCCCAGGGCAAGCACAACCCCGGCGGAAAGGGCUGGCGGUAG